AUGAUCUUUCCAAGAUCCUUCCUCUUUUCGGCAGCCAUUGCCACAUUGGCAUCUACUUCCAAGGCUGCUGAUUAUGGAGUUGAUUGCUCCUUUCCCAUCCAUUCCACCGACUCGUCGUGUGGGGACUUGUUGGGCGAUCGCGCUGCCGUCUACAACGAAUACAUGGAUGGAUGCCGAAAACAUUGGGGCGAGAAGGGAGCCAAGCGAUGCAAUGCCGCAGAAGCCGAUCGUUUGUCCAUGAGCCAAACGCAACCUCAAAGUAUGGUGAACUAUACAGAAACUGGAUUCAAGAAGCUCAAGGCACCACCCAAGUUGUGGGAACUCAUUAGCAACUAUUGGGAAACAAACAAGGACGAGAAGAAGCUCGAAGUAUGGCCCAUGGGUAACAUUUACACCAACAACUGGGCCGCCCCGACUUACAUGGUCAGUGUCGAGAACGAUCAACUUCCUGGAGGAGGUCAUGGUUUGAAGGAUCAAAUAUGGGAAGCUGCUCGACCAACCAUUGAGGCCUGGACCGGAAUGAAGUUGCAGCCUACCUCUCAGUAUGGAAUCCGCGUCUACACUGAGGGCGCCAUCCUGUCUCCACACGUCGACCGUCUUCCCCUGGUCUCCUCUUGCAUCAUCAAUGUCGCUCAAGACGUUGAUGAAGACUGGGUCUUGGAGGUAUAUGACAGACAUGACAAUGCCGUCAAUGUCACCAUGGAACCAGGAGACAUGGUCUUGUACGAAAGUGGUAGUUUGGUCCAUGGAAGACCAUUCGCAAUGAAGGGACGAUUCUUUGCCAAUAUCUUUAUUCACUUUGAACCUACUGGAGAGCACUUGUACGAUGAUGGAAGUGAAGAGUUGGAUGACUUUUAUCCACCAUACCUCAAGGCCAAUUCUCCUUGGUUGGACACUUGGGCCAAACAAAACCCUAGUGGAUGGAGAAAGACAUCACCCUCUGCCGCCGCCGUUGCCCAACCGAUCACACUCAAGGGACAUACCGCCGCCGCUUCGGGAGACAUCGAAACACUAGAGCGCUUGGCUCUUGACGACAUGAAGGCACUUUACGCUCGAGAUCCCAAUGGAUGGACUCCAUUGCACGAGGCAGCUCGAGCAGGUCACUUGGAUGUAGUGAGGUUGUUGGUAGAAAAGCACAAUGCUGAUAUGAACUACAUCACCAAUGAAGGCAAGGGAAGUUCGCCCUACUUUAUUGCCACCCAAAGUCACUCGCCAGACCACCCAGUUUCACAAUACUUUAAGUCUUUGGGAGCCGUCUACCAAGGACCCGAACUUUAA